AUGCCUCCCUCCCUGCUCUCCCUCCCCUCCUUGAACUCUCCCCCCCUCCCUCCCCUCUCCCCCUUCUCUUCCCCGCGACUCGCGGCCAGCACGCUGUAUCCUCAUGACCCUGAACCCAGCGCGAAUAUUCGCCCACCAUUCACCGGCAUUCUCAGCAGCAACAGCAGCAUCAACCCGCCCUUUUACAACUGGAACCUCGUUCGUCUCAUCUACUGCGACGGUGGCGGCUACGCGGGCACGGCAGGGCGGCUGGAAGUUGGGAGCAAUGGCACGGCGAUUUACCUGGAUGGGUGGAACAUCGUUCAAGCUGUGAUAGAGGAUCUGAAAUCCAAGCGGGGAAUCAAAUCGGCAGCGCAGAUCCUUCUGACGGGCAGCUCAGCGGGUGGCCAAGCAGUUGUGGCUCUCUGCGAUCGCAUCGCUGCCGCCUUCCCCUGGGCGGCAACCAAAUGCAUCUCCGACUCGGGCUUCUUUAUUGACUCCAAGGAUAGAGUGGGCGGCUACACGUGGCGCAACGGUGUGAAGAGCAUUGUUGCCCUGCACAAGCCCAGCUGGCCUGUUUGCCAAGAUGGUGAGCUGCGAUGCAUGGCUGUUCAAAAAUGCGAGCAGAGCGGUUACAUGGUUACCACGUGGCGCAACGGUGUGAAGAGCAUUGUUGCCCUGCACAAGCCCAGCUGGCCUGUUUGCCAAGAUGGUGAGCAAAAAGGGGAAUAG